CGGGCGGGCGGUCAUCGGCACGGCGGGUCAGUCCACCCUUCUCCGGAGCGCCUGGCCAUUCCAAGAAAGCGCGAGGGGGCGGGGGAGAGCGCGCCUUCGGGACUCGCCGGUGCCUUCCUCUCCCCCCUUCUUAGGAUGCUCUCCGAGAGACUCCCCGUGGCAUUGUUCGCUUCCCCCUUUUGAAUGAGGGGCGGGGAAGGAAGGAGGGAAGCAAGCGAGGAAGGAGGGUCCAUCUCCGUGAUUUCGGAUGAGAAGCUUGCCCGGCAAGUCGGUGUCCUCCUUCUCCUCGGGUCUGAGACAAAAGGGAGCGAGUGGUGAGGCGUGGAGGAUCUCCCUGGGUCCUUCUCUCCCUUCGGGAUCCCUUGCUCUCCCUCUCCGCCUCCUCGUUUGCCGCCGAUCCCGGCUGGCCCAGCUCCCGGGGGCUCCUUAGGGCAUGCCAUCUCGCCCCUGCCGCCAAUGUUUCACUGGAGCAAGUGGAAGAAGAGGAUGGGCGCCAGCACUUCCUUCUCCUCUUCUUCCAAGAGACCCGUCUUCGACGAGAAGGAGGAUGUGAACUUUGACCAUUUCCAGAUACUUCGAGCAAUUGGGAAAGGAAGUUUUGGCAAGGUGUGCAUUGUACAAAAGAGAGACACAGAGAAAAUGUAUGCCAUGAAGUACAUGAAUAAGCAGCAGUGCAUCGAAAGAGACGAGGUUCGGAAUGUGUUCAGAGAACUGGAGAUCCUGCAGGAGAUAGAGCACGUCUUCUUGGUGAAUCUCUGGUACUCUUUUCAGGAUGAAGAAGACAUGUUUAUGGUAGUAGAUCUGCUCCUCGGUGGUGACCUACGUUAUCAUCUCCAACAAAAUGUGCAGUUUACUGAGGAAACAGUGAAACUGUAUAUCUGUGAGAUGGCAUCAGCUUUAGACUAUCUGCGUAGUCAGCAUAUCAUACACAGAGACGUGAAACCAGACAACAUUCUCCUUGAUGAACAAGGUCAUGCACACCUGACAGAUUUUAAUAUUGCAACAAUCGUAAGAGAUGGUGAAAGAGCAACCGCUUUAGCUGGAACUAAGCCGUAUAUGGCUCCAGAGAUCUUUCAUUCCUUUCUGAAUGGUGGAACCGGUUACUCCUUUGAAGUUGACUGGUGGUCACUUGGAGUGAUGGCAUAUGAGCUCCUUCGUGGAUGGAGGCCUUAUGACAUCCACUCCAACAGCCCAGUGGAAUCUUUAGUCCAGUUGUUCAGCACCGUGAGUGUCCAGUACAUGACAGGAUGGUCAAAAGACAUGGUGGCAUUACUGAGAAAGCUUUUGACUGUCAAUCCUGAACAUCGGUUUUCAAGUCUAGCUAAUAUCCAGACGUCGUCCUAUUUAUCGAAUGUGGAUUGGGAUGAAAUAUGUGAAAAGAAAGUGGAGCCAGGUUUUGUUCCUAAUAAAGGCCGCCUGCACUGCGAUCCCACCUUUGAGUUAGAAGAGAUGAUCCUGGAGUCAAGGCCCCUGCACAAGAAGAAGAAGAGGCUCGCAAAGAAUAAAUCCAGGGAUAACAGCAAGGACAGCUCACAGUCGGAAAAUGACUACCUCCAGGACUGCCUUGAUGCAAUUCAGCAAGACUUUGUAAUCUUUAACAGAGAAAAAUUGAAGAAGAGUCAAGAUCAAAUGAACGAGUCCAUUUCUCCUCCCGAAACUACCGAUGAAGCUGAGACUGAAACAGAAUCUGAAAAUUCCAAUCUGAAUAUGUGUAGCUCAGUAUGUUCUUCCACAGGCAGCAGCUAGGACUACUGAGAUGAAGCUUGCACAUCUCUUGAAUAAUUCAUUCUCAGGUUGUACUGACAAGCCGAUGACAGUACAUUGAGUAUUUUAGUUGAGAUUUGAAAAAACAAAUAAAUAAAAGAAAGGAGUCACAAAAACCAACACUGUAGAACCACGGCAGAGGCAGAUCGUUCUUACAGAACUCAUGGUUUUGAAAGAUUGCCUGAUAUUUUGCUAUGCAACACACUGGCGGAAACCGUUCCUUUCUUUUUCCUUUUCUUUUCAUAGUGGCAUGAAAUGUAUUUUUUUCAGGUGGUCAACGAUGGCGACCAGAUCCAAGUUUAGGUCCAAGAGAAUACACAUCCAAAGCAUGCCAGGUGGGAUGGCAAGGGCAGGAAAGAGUUCAAAAUAAUUGAAAACUCGUUUUCACAGUACUGUCCUUGUACUCAGUCUGAUGCAUGCAAGAUUGUCCCUUAGUAGCUUCAGAACAUCUGAGGGUUAUCGCAGAGCAUGACAGCUGCAAACUACCUAUAGGGACAGGUUGAGUGUCAUCUUGUUGGUGCUUAACUCUCCACAAGUCUAGUUUCAGUGUUAUGAAGUAUUUUCCAAGGCAUUUGAACCUAGGGCCAAAUUCACUGGCUUUUUGCAGCUGAACAUUUAAAAUGGCAGAGUGUUUUUCCUAAACCAACUAAGAAAAGGUGAUUUCUUUUCUAAGCAGACCAAAACUAUUUUAAAAGUUAUACUUCUUUACAAGAGUAGAUUACAAGCAUGUGACAACAGACAAGUGUUUCUCCACUCUUAUGAAGGAGUAGGACACAAAGUUGCCUGUGUAGAGAUAGGAUACUUUAGAUACUGAUGCCCUAAUUUUGGCGGAAGUGAUGCCUUGAUGCUUCUCUCUGUUUACAUUGUUCGAAGUGUAAUUUAAAGUAUUGUAUAUAAAUUUCUAGCAUCUGUCGUCUCAUAAGAAUUGGAAAAAUCUGAUGUUUGUUCCAGCUGUAGAUAUUGCCUUUAAUGAUUGUUUCCCUCUUUGGCGACUGUCCUAUACGCAGUUACCAGAGUGUAAGAUCCACUGAACUUAGUGGGAUUUCCUUAUAUGUAGAUAUGCAUUGGAUUGCAUUGUUAAUGGCUUACUUUGCUGUAGAGUGAUAUUAGGUCACGAUUAAAACACUUCGAACUCUGUUCUAGGACAGCAAAUAUUUGUAUUGUACAUAAGGCUUGUAAUUGUUUUCAGUCAAACUGUUUGUUACCAAGUGUCUAAAAGACUGUCCUGUUUGCAUCUCUGUUGUGUUUUCCUAAUGGAAAGUGGACUUAGCAUGCUUUUCGGGUCAAGAUACCCUUUUUCUGCUCUCCUUUUGAGGCAUCUGCUCCAAAGCCAGUGUGCCAGGCUUGAACCAGGAUCAACCUAAAAGCAGGAAUCUUUACAGCCUUACUUUUCAAGCUACAACUACCUCUGUAGCUGUGCUGUAUCAAGAUCUUUUCUAUUUCUCUGCUGCUACAGAAAAACGAGAGCAUGGAAUUCCUGUCAACUCUUCAUCCCAACCCACACAACAAAUGACAUAACAGGUCUAUCACCGUUUUAUAUGGGCAACAACCAAAACACGCUUAGCUUUCCACAGUUUUAUGUGGAGGCUGGUAAAAAAUAAAGUGUUAAGACAAAAUUUCAUACGAUACACGACAAAAGAUAUUCAGGUGUGCUAGGCACAAUGUGUUGGGCACAAAGACGCCAAAGCUUUCCUAUCAGUCGUUCCAUUAUUUCCAGGCUGUAGCCAGAUAAUCGACAUGUCCACUCUACAGUUUUGCUGUAGUGCUUGUUCUAUUUUGGUAGUAUUGUGUCAUUUCCUUGGACUUGUAAUGGAGCAGCUCUCAAACGACCCAGACGUAAGACUGUUUUAGGUUGCACUAUGCCAGCAGCUGUUCUGGUGCAGCACAAAACCCCAAAUGUUACGCUGCAGGCGUAGCCACCCAUGCCAGCAGUAAUGUUUAUAGACUCCAAGUGCCAACACAGUUAGCCAGCUGCUCACAGAACACACUGCUCAGUUGCAUUAGCACAAGAGACUAUACAGUAAAAACAGUCCAGCUUCAAUCCCAGAUUUAAGUGUGGUUUGACAGUCAUAUCCCUUAUUUAUCUGCUGUGUCAGAUUCAUCAAACACAAAUUCAAAAUGUAGAGUUUUCAAUUGGUAUUUCCAAAUGGAAAGAAUGUUCCCAUAGCUACCAUUGUGCCGAGUGUUUGCCCUAGAUUUAGAGACAAUGACUGUCUUGUUAAAUUCAUUUUUUUGCCUUGGUAUAGCCAGUAGAUGUAGUUACUGGUGAGCCAAGUCACAGGGAACCUAAGGAUAUAUUUU